AUGUGUGAAUGCAAAUUAAUACAAAAAGCAUUAAACAAAGGUGAAGGUUCAAAAUCUGAAGCAUUAGAAGAAAAUGUUGAAGGAAAUUCAAAGAGUGCAUCUGAUUCAAAAGUUGGUGAUCCCAAGACACCAACUGAAAAUAGGGAAGCUGCUGGAGAUAUUUCUACAAUCUUGAAAUCUCCAACAUGUUCAAGUAUGGAAGAUAUCCUUGAUAAAUCAAACAAGAAAGGAGGAAGCAUGGGAGAAGACAAGAAGAAACAGAUAUAUGCUUCAAAUGUGAAGGAAAGUGACAGAGAGAAGACUUUGGAAAGAAAAAAAUCAAGAGAAGCUGAGAAGGCAAAAACUGAGAUUGCAAAGGAAAAAGAGAUAAGGCCACAAAGGGAAAUCCCAAAUGUUCCUCUUGCUUUCCGAUCUCCAUACAUGGUCAAGUACAAGGAUUUGUUCAAAGAUGAAGACACAAUGAACAAACUUGUAACAGACUAUGCUUAUAGUGGAAAAGAUCAAAGUGAGCUACUAUACUAUGAUGGAGUGAAUUCGAUCAAUAGGGAAGAGAUGAAAACUCUUGAAGGGGAUACAUUAGUAGUUAACAAUGUGAUCGAUUCAUGGGCAGUACUUCUGAAUCAAAAAAGGUCAAAGAACAAGUUAUACUUUUCAACAUUUCCACAUCAAAUUAUGUAUGCAAAUACAGUGUGUCCUGAAGGAUCAUCAAUGGAGCUUAGAAUUGCAUACUUCAAAGAAAGAAUAACAAAUGAAUUGAGGUUAUACAAAAUCAAGAGUGCAGUUGGAUAUCAACAGAUUUUUUUUCCAGUGGCCAUAUAUGCACAUUUCUAUCUUCUAUGCAUUGAUCAUAUCAAUGAGACAAUGCAUAUAAUUGACAACAGGAAACUGCCAAAACAUCAAACAAUUGCAACAAAGUAUGAAAACCAACCCCAAUUGGUGGUAAGUAUAUUGUUUAAUAGAUAUAUAAAUGAUCAAUUUGUUUAUACAAAAUGAUCAAUAUUGAAAAUUAAAAUGAUCAAUAUUAAUAUGAUCCUUUGAAUUUUUUUUUUCUGUAUAUGUUGCAGUUAAAAGGAUAUGCAGAA